AUGAAAAGAAAGAUUGAUCUUAAGAAAGCUAGUUUUGAUUCAUUAGACAAGUUGAUAGAAAUAAUAAAUGAAGAAAAGUACUUUCAGAUACAGGUAUUCUCACUCGAAUCAGUAGAAACACUUGAGUAUGUUCUAACAAUUAAUAACAUUUCAUUUAAUAGAGCUUUUACAUCUAAUUUUAAACAGUUAAAGAAACUAACUUUGUUAUUAAAAGAUACUGAUGAUUUUGAGUUUGAUGAUAAUUCUAAAAUUAUACUUUUUUCAAAUAUAAGAGAUUUGAGGUUUGUUCCUUAUCAGUUUAAAAUCAGUGAUAAAGAUAAAAAGUUAAUUAUUAAUAAUAAACAUUUGUAUGAACAAUACAAAAUGAAUUCAUUGACUAGUAUAAAGUAUGAUAAGAUUGAUAUCAAUAAAUACAUUGCUUUAUAUGACAAUGAGUUGAUUGUAAUAUUUUCACUAGUAAGAGGUCUUAAGUUUAAUACUCUUUAUAAUGAAAUUAAAGGUUUAAACAAAGAUUUAAAGAAUAGAACUUCUUUAUUAAGUAUUUUAAAUAAUUUAAUUAAACACAAAUUUAUUAAGAAACAAAAUGAUCUUUAUAGUUUGAAUGUUAAUGAUGAAUUUUAUAGGGAAGUUUGUAAAUAUUUUAAAUAA